GUGCUGUGCGUAUUGGUUGGCCCCGAGUGAUUUUAGUUAUUGCCAGCUCAACAUAUAGACAACUCCAACAGAUGUUAGGGCAAUCAAAGCCUUAGAAAAUUGUGUGCAAAUAAACGAGCAUCAGUGCGGUUUGCAGUUUUAUUACAAGAAUUGUGCAAAGAUAGUAAAUAUAAUUCGAAAUCGCGCAGAAUGCGAAGUUAUUUUUUCGGAGCGCUGCUGGCGCUGGCUUUAGCCGAAAUAUCUGCGAUUGGGGGCAACCACCUGCCAGAGGCUGCGUUAAACCUCAACGAACGUUUCUUCGAUGAGGUCAGGGAGCUCAUCAAGCGACGCAUGGAGAGCAAGCCGCUUCCUUUGGCGGGCGAUGAAGUGGCGCUGCAGAAUCAACGUAGCUAUGACAAUGUGCCCAUACCAGCAGCUAAUGUGCCCGUUCCAGUGCUGGUCGAGAAUUGGCCCACAGAUCAGCAUAGUUUUGGCCAAGUCACAGCUGUUUCUGUUGAUCCAGAGGGCAACCCAGUGAUUUUCCAUCGCGCUGACCGCUACUGGGAUGUUAACACCUUCAAUGAGAGCAACAUCUACUAUCUGAUUGAGUAUGGACCCAUUAAGGAGAAAACCAUUUAUGUGCUAGAUCCAAAGACGGGCGCUAUUAAAACCGGCUGGGGCUCGGAAAUGUUCUAUAUGCCACAUGGCAUGACUAUAGAUGGACAUGGAAACUACUGGAUUACUGAUGUGGCUAUGCAUCAGGCCUUCAAGUUCCGACCCUUUGAGAGCAAACCACAACUGGUCAUAGGCAAACGCUUCCGACCCGGCUCCUCGGUCAAGCAUCUGUGCAAACCCACUUCAAUAGCUGUCGCCACCACAGGCGAGUUCUUUAUAGCUGAUGGCUACUGUAACAGUCGCAUACUCAAGUUCAAUGCAGCUGGCAAAUUGCUGCGCAGCAUUCCACAGCCACCGGAAUUCCUCUCCUUACAAGUGCCACAUGCCAUUACCCUAUUGGAGCACUUGGAUUUACUAUGCAUUGCGGAUCGUGAGAAUAUGCGUGUUGUGUGCCCCAAAGCUGGCCUGAAGUCAUCGCAUGGCGAGGGUCAACCGGCUGCCACCAUCCAGGAACCGGAUCUGGGACGCGUCUUUGGUGUCAGUGGCUAUGGCGACAUAGUCUUUGCAGUGAAUGGACCCACUUCAAUGCUGCCUGUGCGUGGCUUCACCAUAGAUCCACGCUCCGAGACUAUUAUUGGACACUGGGGCGAGUUCAAGAAUCCCCACUCGAUAGCCGUCAGUGUGAAUGGAUCGGCUCUCUAUGUGACGGAGACGGGCACCAAUCACCAGACGAAUCGCGUGUGGAAAUAUGUUUUGGCUUGAGGUAUUGUUCGA